GGAAGUGAACGCGGGUGAAGAUGGCGGCCUGGGCCUGCGCGCCGAGAGGAUACCGAGUGUGGAGAAGGUUAAUUUUCUACAAGGAUGCUCGGCGUGGGUUUAGAAAAGCGCCCAAAAAAAAUGAGCCCCGAAACGUGGAACCGGACGAAAAGAUUCUGAAGGACUUGGCCUCGCGUGUGAAUCGGACGAGCAAAAGCAGCCUCACCCCAAUGCUGGAUGAGCCCGUCUUAGCUAAAUCAUCAUCAUCACGCUCAUUCAGAAGGCUCGUCAGACCCUUUGUGUUUACUGUAGGGUUUACAGGAUCCUCAUUCGGAGUGGCAGCCAUCUGGCAGUAUGAGUCUCUCAAAUCUAGAGUUCAGAGUUACUUCAAUGAGCUGCGAUUAGAUUGGCUGGAAAAGCAUCACCCUCCCAAAGCUGGUGAUAUCAGGAAGCAGGUGAAUCAGUGGUGGAACAGCCUUACUGAGGGGCAGAGGACUGUCACAGGCAUUAUAGCAGCCAAUGCCUUAGUGUUCUGUUUAUGGCGAGUUCCAUCAAUGCAACGGACCAUGGUGAAAUAUUUCACCUCUAAUCCUGCUUCCACGGCGUUGUGCUUACCCAUGGUACUGUCGACCUUCAGCCACUACUCAUUCUUUCACAUGGCAGCAAACAUGUACGUGCUGUGGAGUUUCUCCUCCAGUAUAGUCCAACUUCUCGGGCAAGAGCAGUUCAUGGCUGUCUACCUAUCAGCAGGUGUUAUCUCCACGUUUGCCAGUUAUGUGUACAAAACUGCAACUGGCCGCUUAGGAGCAUCACUUGGAGCUUCUGGUGCAAUAAUGACUGUCCUUGCUGCGGUCUGCUCCAAAAUGCCUGAAGCAAAACUGGCCAUCAUCCUGCUGCCCAUGUUCACCUUCACAGCCAGCAGCGCUCUGAAAGCGAUUAUAGCCAUGGAUACAACUGGCCUGAUUCUGGGAUGGAGGUUUUUCGACCACGCAGCUCACUUGGGUGGUGCAAUCUUUGGAAUUUGGUAUAUCUUUUAUGGACAUGAACUGAUUUGGAAGAACAGAGAGCCUCUCGUGAAGAUGUGGCAUGACAUGAGGACAAAGGGUCCCGGGAGUGGAGGGCGCGGCCCGUCCUAGUCAAAAAGCUGCAAUUUAGAAAGAAAAGUGAUAUCCUCUAUGCUUUGGGACAAGCACAGGAGAGAGACAAUAACUAAACACUGGGCUCCAGCAGAAGUAGGGGUUUACAGCAGGACCCUGAAUUCAGGCAAAGCAACAAGUUGCAGCAAAUUUUUAACUUCUGAAGGAGUGUAUUUAGACUAUUUACAGGACUGUACAGUGAGAAAUAAACAGGAGCAUUUCGAAGAAAAGGUUUUGACCCGACAUUUCUCUUCCCCGUUGCAUUAGCUGGCCCCAACCCUCCAAAAAGAAACUGACUUGAGACCGACUGUUAAAAAUCUGUCAACUGCUCGAAGCACAUUUGAAUUUGAGACCAUCCUUUACUUUUGCCAUAACAUAAAACAAAGAACUGUGGCUGCUGGAGAUUUGGAAGCAAAAACAGAAAUUGCUGAAGAAACUCAGCAGGUCUGGCAGCAUCUGUGGGGAGAAAACAGAGUUAAUGUUUCGAGUCUGGUAACUGUUCAUCAAAAUACUUCUGAUGAAGAGUCAAUGGAAUCGAAACGUUAACUCUGUUUUCUCUCCACAGAUGCUGCCAGACCUGCUGACUGUCAUCAGUUUCUGUUUUUGUUUCAUUCACUUGCAAUCUGUCCCUGGUUGAGUUAAAUGACAUAAUAUGAAAUUUGUCAAAUUGGUCCCCACAAUAUUCACCCAUUCCCUUAUCUGGAGAAAGAAUAUGUGAUGAAUGCUCAAGUUUUUACAGCUUAGCCAAAUGCAUCCAGCAUUUGGAAUUUAUUGCCACAAUUUAAAGUUCUCAGAGAACUAUUUAGAAAUCUGUAAUUUAUGUGUUGGUUCGGUUGAUGUAGAAUGUACUAGGGAAACACAAGCCCAUUAGCUCAAGUCUAGAGUUCUCAACCUAUACAUGACCACAAUACACACAGUGGUACCACUGGAAUUUAAUCAGCAAAAUCCAUGCAGUUUACCAGCCUGGUUAAUUCUCACUGCUGAUCUGCAAGCUAGGUCCCCUAUAACUACUAAGCCAUUGAAUUGAGGAGUUCUCUGGAACCAAUUAGGAAUGUUUAAAGGCGACAAACUAUUGAAAUUUCAAUUUUAAUUAAUGCUUUGGUACACAGAAUAUUUUGAUCAAUUGCCAAUCUCUAUCUAAUGGUCAGGUACAGGGGUUUAUAGUUUGCCACCAUUAUGGUUCUAAGCCUGAGACUGUUGCUGCCAUGAUCUGUUUCUGGUGAGUGAACAGUAUAGUUGUCAGACCUGUGCCCCUUUGUGCAAAGGGUGACUGGGUUUCUCAAUGACUGCCGGGUACUAUGGGCUUGUGUCUCUCCCCAGUUAGGGAGGUGGUUCACUUCACCACAUUGCACCCACCAUGUUGCAUUUUAAAUCAGCAAUGUUUAGUGAGCUCUUUGAUGCGAAUAAAUUGCUCACCUUCACUCCAGUGCUCAAACAUUCAAAUGCUCAGAAUGUAAUAUUGAAUGUUAUGUGCCACAGAUGACAUUAUCACUCUUUUGCUACCAAGUUAAAGGAUCACUAACUUUAAAUGCUCUGCCACCCUGUAUUUCUUAUCACAUCACAAAAAAAGCAUCUAAAUCAGCAGUGUUCCAGUACACUUGAAAACUCAAGUUGAGUUGAAUGCACUACUCAAAUUAUUUAAGUGUCAAGCACUUUAUGUAAAGUUGUUGGAUUAUUUACCAUCCUCUUUGCUUUAUAUAGAACUAGAUUUGAAUAGGCAAAGGGAAACCAUGUCACCUCUCAGGUUUAACCUGUAUUUCAAGCAGGUACAUUUGAGUUUCUGUGUACAUUGAUAUCAGCAGAAAUGUUUUCUUCAAAGGGGUGAUUAUGGGGGAGAACAGAAAGGACUGCUAGAGCAACCCAUAAUCCAGUAAUGAAAUAAUUUUCUAAAGGGUUGCAGCAUUGAGUUGGGCAAAUUAUUGGCCCCUGAAUUUGAGCUUCACAAACCUUGAAACGUGUUUUCCUAUCUUCUCCCCUCCACCAACUCCUCCUGUUCCAAUGUUUCCCCAUUAUCUUUAUUCGAAUUGAUGUUGAAUCGAGGACCACUGUGGUUUUGAUGACUUAAUGACAUCCUCAACAUUAAACAUUGUUGAGUCAGUAGCUAAAUUGAUUAAAACACCUACAGCCAUUUAGAAAGCACUUUAUUGUGUCUUCAGGAUGUUCCAAAACACUUUAUUCAAGGAUUUCUUUUUUGUAGGAGCAGUCAGUCACAGCAGUCACUUCAUUAACAGCAAAGUCAUACGCAUCCUUGAGGGAGGAAUGUUAAUCGUAACACUUUGAGUGCUCUUAAAUUAGCGCCUUUGGGUCUUUUACAGGGUCCAGCUUAUUACUCUACUGAAUCAUAGUACCUCCAGUGGUGAUACACUGUGGAACCGAUUUCAGUCGUGUGAUUAAGAAUGUAGAAGCAAAGAUGGUACCAGCUAGGUCAUACAAUUAGGCAUAGUGAACAAACCAGCCAUCACUGUUCCCGAAGAAGUGUUGAGACUGCCAACUAUUCUGAGUAUGGGAAAUCUUAUUUCUUAAUUGCCUUGCUCCCAUGUACGACUGAUUUUGUGUUCUAAUGCAACAACUAUGUUCAAAUAUUCAAAUGGCUAUUGUCAACAAUUCCUGUGGUUUGACCCUGUUCUCGCACACAGAUUUCAAUUAAGUUCUGUCACAUUGUGCAAUUAUUGUUAUAAUGCUGAUGCACUGUGUUGCAAUGCUGUUUCCCAGUAAUUUGCUCCCUUGCUGCUUGGCCCUUGCAAGUUUAAACCUACUAUGUCAAUAUUACACCUCAAUCAGGGAGUCUAAAGGUAUGAAGUACACAUUAAUUAUGCCAACUAUGAAACAUCUAUCAUUAUUAACCUACAUCAUGCCAGAAGUAAUCCAUAACAAAAUCAGUUGACUAAAUAUAGCAUUGUAUAGUGUCCAUACACAACAGUUGGCUAUUCAUAAAUUUUAAUUAAUUAUGUCAGGUUUUGCAAAGUGUAGACAAACUAUCAAACAGCUUUUAUCUACUCAUAUUUUUGUUACUUGUGUUCACAAUUGACUAUGAUUGUAAAUCAAGCAAGUUACGGAUUAACUCCUGUUCCCCUUUUGUGUAACUAUUUGCUGCUGCUAUUACCUACUCAGUGUUCCUUGGAAAAGCAUUGUUUUCAAUGGAAUUUGGAGCAAGUAUGUGACAAAUCUAUGCUGUACUGAAUGGCUAUAUAAAUCAUUGUUUGAAAAUAG